CGAGUCGCGUUGCUCGCAGCACGGCAAAUCCGACCUGACCGGCAGCAAGCCAGCCACUGGACUGCCUUGCACAGAGCCACAAUGGCAAAGAAGAACAAGCGUGGGAAGCGCUCGAGGCAGCAGUCCGCUCAGACGUCACCCUCAGCCACGACGGCGCCCUUGCCUGUGCCUGAGACCGAUUCGGCGACGUCGACGAGCCAUCAGGCCGAAGCGAGCACUUCCCAAGCCCGUCCUAGCAAUGCUAUACCCCUCUCGAGCUCGUCGAGACCUCGAGCUGCCUCUCCGCUCGCUGCUCCCUCCGCCAAGCUGGCUAGCUCGCCUGCUGUGCCCAACAUUCCUCCACGAGCGAGCUACUCUUCCACGCCUGCUCAGUCGAGACCCAUCUCGCAGGGCUCGCUGGAAGCUAAGCAGGGCUCUGUAGAAGACUUCAACGCUACCAAGCGAGCCCUGCCCGCCGGACCAUCGCGUAAAGCUGUUUCGCCGAGUGCGCUAGGUCAGUCACUCGCAGAAGCAAAGCAGCAAGACAAGAACAGCUCGAGCAUCAGCAUCGCUUCGAGCAACAAUGCCCUUCCUUCGGCGAGCAGACCCGACGAGAUGAGUGACGCCCACAAGGCGAGGAUACUGAGAAUGCAUCUCGUCAAUCGGUCAGACCAAACAAGUCCUGAAGCCAGCACGCCACGACGCGCUUCCGAUUCGAACAGCCAGCACUCCGAACGCCCGAAGCCCAAGGAGGACGACUACUUUUCGGGCAACAAGACCGAUGAGAUCGAUGCACCACCCCCCGCGGAAUCUUCUCCCGCGGCGGCAGAAGAAGGCGUGGAUCCCAAUUCGUCGACCUAUCACAAUCUCUUGGGCGGAGAUGUGACGCAUGAUCUUUACAAGUGGGAACAGCAAGCGCAACAAGCACAGAUCAGACGACCGAGGUCGCUCUCCUUCUCGGGCGCAGAGGAGCGCGCCAACGGAGGGGAGCGCAUCGACCCAACGCUCGACAUUCGAAAUAUUCGCGAACCAGGCGGUUUCAGGCGCAACUUCUUGCAUAGACGGGCCGCAGAAGACGCAGACGGCGACGCUCCUCCCCGCAAGUUCACCCGGUCAUUCGUAGAUUUCCUGAGUCUGCAUGGACAUUUCUAUGGCGAGGAUCUAGAAGAGAUAGACGAGCGUGACGAGGACGAGAUCGCCCAGGUGCUCGCGUUCGAGGAGCAGGAAGCAGGACAUGCAGGCACGGGCGCGAGGGCACGCUUCGAUAUCGAAUCCCGAGAGCUAGCAACAGAACGGACAGCGUUGCUCAAACGACAAUCCCUAAGGCGGGGUGAGUCGAAAGCGUCCAUCAUUCGCAAGCAUCGGGCGGGUAGUACGAGCACGAAGGGAGAUGCUACAGUCACCCAGGCAGUGCUCAUGCUACUCAAAUCUUUCGUCGGGACUGGCGUACUCUUCCUCGGCAAAGCCUUUUUCAAUGGAGGCAUACUCUUUUCAGCCCUCCUGCUCGUUGGUAUCGCCGCCAUCUCACUCUAUUCGUUUCUGCUGCUCGUCAAGACCAGACUCGUCAUCAAAGGCGGUUUUGGAGAGAUUGGCGGUAUUCUUUACGGGCCCUGGCUUCGCUAUGCUAUUCUGUUCUCGAUCACCAUCUCGCAGAUCGGCUUUGUUGCUGUAUACACUACGUUCACCGCGCAAAAUCUACAAGCAUUCGUUCAGGCAGUCACAGACUGUCGGACUCUCAUCAGUAUCCCGGCCUUCAUCGCCAUGCAACUUGUCAUUUUCAUUCCUUUCGCGCUCGUCAGGAAUCUACAAAAGCUGUCCGGAACAGCAUUGCUAGCAGAUGCCUUUAUUCUCGUCGGCGUCAUCUACAUCUUUGGCAACGAGAUCAACAUCCUCGCUCGACACGGUAUCGCCGAUGUCGUCCUCUUCAACUCGGAUUCUUUCACGCUCAUGAUCGGUACUGCCGUCUUUGCCUUUGAGGGCAUUGGACUCAUCAUUCCGAUCACCGAGUCGAUGAAAGAGCCCGAACGGUUUCCGGCCGUGCUCUCUUGCGUCAUGGUCUUCCUUGCGAUCCUCUUCGGUGGAGCUGGCGUACUAUCCUAUGCAGCCUAUGGCAGCAAAAUCCAGACAGUCGUCAUGGUCAAUCUACCUCAAGACAGCCGGGCAGUCAAUGUCGUGCAGCUUCUGUACAGUCUCGCUAUCAUGCUUUCGACUCCACUGCAAUUGUUCCCAGCCGUACGAAUUAUGGAGAAUGGGCUGUUCAGCUCGAGCGGGAAGUAUUCGAACCGGGUCAAGUGGCAGAAGAACACCUUUAGAGUCAGCAUGGUCGUCUUCUGCAUGCUCGUCGCCUGGUUGGGCUCAAACGAUCUCGACAAGUUUGUGUCUUUGAUCGGAAGUCUGGCUUGCGUACCCCUCUGCUUCUGCUAUCCUGCAUUGCUUCACUACCGAGCGUGUGCAAAGACGAGGAGACAAAAGGCGACCGAUAUCGCUCUCUGCAUCUUCGGCGUCAUCGUGACACUCUUCACGACCUUCAACACGAUCCGUAUGCUCGCUACUGAGCAAUCGGGAGGACCGCCAUCGUUCGGAAAUUGUCCCGCGCCAUCGUCGUAGAACAUUGCAAAAUGAACAAUCCGGGAGC